AGGCGCCGGAGCGCUCGUUUGGCGCGCGCGCCGUCGGCGGCGUUUCUGAGCUAGUGUCUUUGGUUUUUUCUCAGUUGUCUUUGGUGUUUGAUUUCUUUCGGAGCUUGGUACCUAGGAUUUUGGAGAUGCCGUCGUCGUUGCUGGGCCCGGUUGUGCAGGCUUCCGCGUCGGCUGCAGCCUUGCAGGAAGCGCUGGAAAAUGCCGGGCGCCUCAUCGACCGGCAGCUGCAAGAAGACCGCAUGUACCCCGACCUUUCCGAGCUGCUCAUGGUGUCUGCCCCAAAUAACCCCACGGUUUCUGGCAUGUCAGAUAUGGAUUAUCCUCUGCAAGGACCUGGUUUGCUCUCUGUACCCAAUCUUCCAGAGAUCAGUUCCAUCCGAAGGGUUCCUCUCCCACCUGAACUUGUUGAGCAGUUUGGACAUAUGCAAUGUAACUGCAUGAUGGGUGUGUUCCCUGCUAUCAGCAGAGCCUGGCUCACCAUCGACAGCGACAUCUUCAUGUGGAACUAUGAGGAUGGAGGAGACCUUGCCUAUUUUGAUGGACUCAGUGAAACUAUUCUUGCUGUGGGGCUUGUGAAACCAAAAGCUGGUGUUUUUCAGCCGCAUGUACGACACCUUCUGGUUUUGGCAACCCCUGUGGACAUAGUAAUUCUUGGACUCAGCUAUGCGAAUUUGCAAGCAGGUUCUGGAAUUCUUAAUGACAGUAUGUCUGGUGGGAUGCAGUUGCUUCCAGAUCCUUUAUAUUCUCUCCCCACUGAUAAUACAUACCUUUUAACAAUAACAUCCACCGACAAUGGCAGGAUUUUUUUGGCUGGAAAAGAUGGCUGCUUGUAUGAAGUAGCAUACCAGGCAGAGGCAGGUUGGUUCAGCCAACGAUGUAGGAAAAUAAACCACUCAAAGAGCUCACUUUCUUUUCUUGUUCCUUCCUUACUACAAUUCACGUUCUCAGAAGAUGAUCCUAUUGUUCAAAUUGCAAUAGAUAAUUCCAGAAAUAUUUUAUAUACAAGAUCUGAGAAAGGAGUAAUACAGGUUUAUGAUUUGGGCCAUGAUGGACAAGGAAUGAGCCGAGUUGCCUCAGUUUCACAGAAUGCUAUUGUUUCUGCUGCUGGGAACAUUGCUAGAACCAUCGAUCGUUCUGUUUUUAAACCAAUUGUUCAGAUAGCAGUGAUCGAAAAUUCCGAGUCCCUGGACUGUCAGUUACUGGCUGUCACGCACGCAGGUGUUCGGUUGUAUUUCAGCACUUGUCCAUUUAGACAGCCACUAGCCCGUCCUAACACACUCACCCUGGUUCACGUGCGUUUACCUCCUGGAUUCUCUGCAUCGUCAACCGUAGAAAAGCCCUCAAAAGUACACAAAGCCCUUUAUAGCAAAGGUAUUUUACUAAUGGCAGCUUCAGAAAAUGAGGAUAAUGAUAUUUUAUGGUGUGUCAACCAUGAUACAUUUCCUUUCCAAAAGCCAAUGAUGGAAACCCAGAUGACAACCCGUGUCGACGGUCAUUCCUGGGCUCUGUCUGCAAUAGAUGAACUGAAAGUAGACAAGAUAAUUACACCCUUAAACAAGGAUCAUAUUCCAAUAACGGACUCACCAAUUGUUGUACAGCAGCAUAUGCUACCUCCAAAGAAAUUUGUUCUUCUCUCAGCACAGGGGAGUCUUAUGUUUCAUAAACUUAGACCUGUAGAUCAACUGAGACAUUUGCUUGUGAGUAACGUGGGUGGAGAUGGAGAAGAGAUUGAAAGGUUCUUUAAAUUGCAUCAGGAAGAUCAGGCUUGUGCAACUUGCCUUAUCCUUGCUUGCUCCUCUGCUGCCUGUGACAGGGAAGUAUCUGCUUGGGCUACUCGAGCUUUCUUCAGGUACGGUGGUGAAGCACAGAUGAGAUUUCCAACCGCUCUUCCCCCUCCGAGUAAUGUUGGCCCCAUCUUGGGAUCUCCUGUCUAUUCUAGUUCUCCUGUCCCAAGUGGUAGCCCUUAUCCAAAUCCAUCCUUUCUGGGAACACCAUCUCAAGGUCUACAGCCUCCUGCCAUGUCGACUCCAAUGGGUGCUGUGGGAGCCCCUGCAGCUCAGGCCACCAGUGUGAGUUUGACUGGACCAGAGAUUGUGUACUCUGGGAAACACAAUGGCAUUUGCAUAUACUUUUCUCGAAUCAUGGGAAAUAUCUGGGAUGCCAGCUUAGUUGUGGAGAGAGUAUUCAAGAGUGGCAACAGAGAGAUCACUGCAAUUGAAAGUAGUGUUCCCUGUCAGCUGCUGGAAUCAGUGUUGCAGGAACUAAAAGGUUUGCAAGAAUUUCUGGACAGAAACUCCCAGUUUGCAGGAGGACCAUUAGGAAAUCCAAAUACCACUGCCAAAGUGCAGCAGAGGCUGAUGGGAUUCAUGCGUCCUGAAAAUGGGAAUUCCCAGCAGAUGCAGCAGGAGCUGCAGAGGAAGUUUCAUGAGGCUCAGCUGAGUGAAAAGAUUUCACUUCAGGCGAUCCAGCAAUUAGUUCGAAAAUCAUACCAGGCACUGGCUUUAUGGAAGCUGCUUUGUGAGCAUCAGUUCUCUCUCAUUGUGGGAGAACUUCAGAAGGAGUUUCAAGAACAGCUGAAGAUCACUACCUUUAAAGAUCUGGUUAUCAGGGACAAAGAACUCACCGGGGCAUUAAUUGCUUCUCUGAUCAACUGCUACAUCAGAGACAAUGCUGCUGUUGAUGGCAUCAGUUUACACUUGCAGGAUAUCUGCCCCCUUCUGUAUAGCACGGAUGAUGCCGUCUGUUCUAAGGCAAAUGAGCUUCUCCAGCGUUCCCGACAAGUUCAGAAUAAGACUGAAAAGGAAAGGAUGUUAAGGGAAUCGUUAAAAGAAUACCAAAAAAUCAGCAGCCAAGUGGACCUGUCCAGUGUCUGUGCUCAGUAUCGCCAAGUGCGUUUUUAUGAGGGUGUAGUAGAACUUUCCCUAACUGCCGCAGAGAAAAAAGAUCCUCAGGGUCUUGGACUUCAUUUCUAUAAACAUGGAGAACCAGAAGAAGACAUAGUUGGACUGCAGGCUUUCCAAGAAAGAUUAAACAGUUACAAAUGCAUUACAGAUACACUUCAAGAACUGGUAAAUCAAAGCAAGGCUGCUCCUCAGUCUCCCAGUGUACCCAAAAAACCAGGUCCCCCCGUUUUGUCAUCUGAUCCCAACAUGCUGAGUAAUGAAGAAGCUGGCCAUCAUUUUGAACAAAUGCUUAAAUUGGCUCAGCGAUCGAAGGAUGAGCUGUUUAGUAUUGCUCUUUAUAAUUGGCUAAUACAAGCUGACCUUGCAGAUAAACUGUUACAGAUUGCCUCUCCAUUUCUGGAGCCACAUCUCGCUAGAAUGGCCAAAGUUGAUCAAAACAAAGUCUGUUACAUGGAUUUACUGUGGAGGUAUUAUGAGAAGAACAGAAGCUUUAGUAGUGCAGCUCGUGUUCUCUCCAAAUUGGCUGAUAUGCAUAGCACAGAAAUUUCACUUCAGCAGCGGCUGGAAUACAUUGCUCGAGCCAUCCUCAGUGCCAAAAGCUCCACUGCCAUCUCCUCUAUAGCUGCGGAUGGUGAAUUCCUGCAUGAGUUAGAAGAGAAGAUGGAGGUUGCCAGGAUCCAACUUCAAAUACAAGAAACUCUACAGAGGCAGUAUUCCCAUCAUUCUUCUGUGCAGGAUGCAGUUUCUCAGUUGGAUUCUGAGCUAAUGGACAUAACUAAGCUUUAUGGAGAAUUUGCUGACCCUUUUAAACUUGCAGAGUGUAAACUUGCAAUAAUUCAUUGUGCUGGUUACUCAGACCCAAUAUUGGUGCAGACCCUUUGGCAAGAUAUUGUAGAGAAAGAACUGAAUGACAGUGUAAUGUUGAGCUCCUCAGACAGAAUGCAUGCGCUUAGCCUCAAGAUUGUCCUGCUUGGCAAGAUCUAUGCUGGCACGCCUCGGUUUUUUCCUCUAGAUUUCAUAGUACAAUUCUUAGAGCAGCAAGUAUGUACUUUGAACUGGGAUGUGGGCUUUGUAAUACAGACGAUGAAUGAGAUUGGAGUGCCAUUACCUCGACUCCUGGAAGUCUAUGAUCAGCUGUUCAAAUCACGGGAUCCGUUCUGGAACAGAAUGAAGAAACCACUGCACCUUUUGGACUGUAUACAUGUGCUGUUGACAAAAUAUGUUGAGAAUCCUAGCCACGUCUUAAAUUGUGAGAGGAGAAGAUUCACCAACCUCUGUCUGGAUGCCGUGUGUGGCUACCUGGUUGAGCUCCAGUCUAUGAGCUCUUCAACAGCAGUACAAGCCAUCACGGGCAAUUUCAAGUCUCUUCAGGCCAAAUUGGAACGGCUUCAUUAAUACUGUGAUGUAAUUUCAUAUGUGCAUUUUGAUCUGUAAAAUAAACACU